GCUGCUAUGGGCAUGGGCUCGGACCGAGCGAGGAGCGAGGACAGUCGUGGCGACGCCUCGAGCCAGCGCGGUUAGCACGCGGUCACGCAUCACGGGGUCCGGGGUCUCAACUCAACCUCCUCGGCCACCUGCAUAAGAACAAGUGUCCCCACCCCAAGGUGGGUGUUGCACUGUUGUUGCCUGUGCUGUGCGCGCGCGCGCGCGGCCGUCUUUUGCAUCCACGUGUGCCCCGGCUAUCGGUGACGCGUGACGGAGCGUGACGAAGCGUGACGACGACAACACCGCGCCGCUCAGCUUAUUCGGAGUACAUCUUUGAUCCCUGCGGCGCCAUGCCGAUAAAAUGCAACGUUUGCGCCAAAGAUCUAUCGUCAGCGGAGACUCUAAGGGUGCACAUGAAGACACACACAGGAGAUAAACCUUUCCAAUGCGACGUGUGCUUCAGAACGUGCCGUUCAAGUUCCGAACUGACAGUUCAUCUCCGAUCCCACAACCGCAAGAAGCCUUUCAAGUGCUCUGUGUGCUGCGUGGGCUUUCCCACAAGUUCCGAACUGCGCAUACACAUGCGAAUUCACACUGGAGAAAAGCCGUACGAAUGCACAGUUUGCAAGAUGCAGUUCUGUCAAUCCGGUCACCUUAUUUCGCACAUGCGAACUCACACUGGAGAAAAGCUAUACGACUGCAUCAUUUGCUCCAAAAGGUUCGGGCAAUCAAGAUGUCUAAAAGUACAUAUGUUAGUCCACAGCGGAGAAAAGCCACACCAGUGCACCGUAUGCAAGAUGCAGUUCCGUCAACCCGGUGGCCUUAUUGCGCACAUGCGAACUCACACUGGAGAAAAACCAUACAAAUGCACGGUUUGCCCAAAGAGAUUCAAACAGUCGGGCACUUUGAAAACACACAUGUUAACCCACACCGGAGAAAAGCCAUUCCAGUGCAGCGUGUGUCAGCAGGGCUUUACUAUAGCGUCUAGUCUGCGGAGUCAUUUACAAGCGCAUCAUUUAGAAGGACCAUGUUACGUGUGUUCUAUGUGCCAGAAGGAGUACUCCACAACGCAAUCCUUACAGUCACACAUGCGAAUAGUGCACUCUGGAGGAAAAAGAAUUAAAUGCGCUGCAUGUAGCAAGACCUUUGCUCAUCCGAGGAACCUGCAGAAACAUAUGAUACUCCACAGCGGAGAUAAGCCAUCAUUCGAGUGCCCUGUUUGCCAUUACAGGUGUGCUUAUGUUGGCAAUCUGCGAAAUCAUAUCAGGAGGCAUACUAAUGAGAAAGCAUUCGAGUGCUCCGAGUGUGUCAAGACUUUCUUCUCAGCGGAUGAGCUGAGGCGUCAUUUCCGAACUCACACGGGUGAGAAGCCAUAUGCGUGCACUGAGUGUCCAAAGAAAUUUGCAGCAUCAGGCGAUCUGCUGAAACAUCGACGAACUCACACGGGAGAGAAGCCAUAUGCGUGCACAGAGUGUCAAUGGAAAUUUGCAGGAGCAGGCGAUCUACGGAAACACAUACGGAGGAUGCACACAGGCGAAAAGCCUCAUGAAUGCACCGUGUGCAACAAGAAGUUUGCACUCGUAAGCAAUAUGCGGCUUCACAUGCAAUGCCAUAUUGGUAAGAAGAUCUACGAGUGUACCGUGUGCCACAAGAAAUUCUCUCGAUCUUCCUAUCUGCGAAGCCAUCUACUACGGAUGCACACUGGCGAAGAGCCAUUUGAGUGCAAAGUGUGUCAUAAGGAAUGUGCAGAUUCAGACGAUCUGGGUAAACACAUACGGACGCACUCAGGUGAAAAGCCUUUUCAGUCCAGUGUUCGCCAGAAGUUCGCCCAAACAGACAACAUGUGGAAACACGCGCAAUCUCAUAUUGACAAGAAGACCUGGUACAAGUGCACUGAGUGUCAGAAAAAAUUCUCUCGAUCUGGGAGCCUCUUAUUACAUCUGGAACUACAUCUACAAACACACAAACCAGAAAACGUUUCUGCAACUGGGUGUUCUUAGACAUGUCCGUGCCAAAUUACAAUGUACCCCCUGCGAACCUGCUGGGGCUUAAUCAUCGAUUUGUAAUCAGGAUAACUUUGUGGUAAAUUCAAACUAGCCCAUGUAUGGCGUAUGAUCUUUCAACUUUGUUCAUAGUUCUCUACCUAACUUAAAGAAGACCGUCUGCAUGGCAGGCAGCAGGUCAACUCUCGUCUGCUUCAAUUGGUUCUAUUUGUUCGCCAUUUUGGCAUUACCUUUGCAAAAAGUCGGCGCUGAGCACCUACUCGCACUCAUAGCUUCCCUAGUGUGUCAUUCAUUCUGUGUUGAUGGUAUAGUGUCGGUGUCCUAUUUAUCUAAGAUCGCAUCUAAGAUGCUUGCUGAUCAUAUAUUGUGCGGGCGCAUGUUUAGAAUUCGUUCGCUGUAGACCUGUGUUUGAAUAAAUACGAAAAUCCAUA